AUGUCAGACUUUGUCUCAAAUGACUCAUCUGUACCAUUCGAAAACGAUAUCAGUUGUUCAUGUAAUCAGCCGACUAUAGCUGUACACAACGAUCCAACUACCAUCACUGACAUUCCCGAAGUCCACGGCCCACAGAUUGAAAUUGGUGCAGAUGAUAUUGAAGAUGCCAAUGAAGAACAACAAAAUUAUUCAAAUGACACAAAACCACACAAUUUGAUACUCCACUUUUUUUAUAACAUAUUUAUAACUCUUAAAUUCCUCUGGAAAUACUUUUGUAAUGGUCUUUGUGAUUCGUUGAUCCACUGCAAUUGUAUUUGCGACUUUUUCGAAUGUGCGUGGUGCGACGCUGUUGAGUGCUGUGCUUGUUUUUGGGGGUGUAAAUGUUGUGACUACGAUUAUUGUGACGAAGCGUGCACGUGUCCGUUUUAUACGAAAUAUUGUUGUGUACCUUGCAGAUUGUUGUUAUGUUGUGACACAAAGCACACGUGUUGUGAGAAGUGUUGUAAUGGUAAGACUGGGUGGGACUACAUCUGUCAGGGGUGUGGAAAGACGUGCGACUGUUUUUGCUAUGUCUGUGAAUGUGUUUGUAAGCCAAUUUUAAAGCUAUUUGAAAUUAUCGGGAAUCUCAUUUGUUGCACGUAUUGCACGUGCUGCAGUUGUGAUAAAAAGUGUGACGAAGUUGUUGGAUGUAUGACUUGUGGGUGUUGUGGGAAUGUUCGUAAAUAUCGAGAUUGUUAUGUGUAUGUGUGGGACUGUGGUUAUUGCAAAGAAAAGUGUUGUUACACGUGCAACUUCUUUUGUGGGGGAGAAAUGUGUGUGUGCACGCCGUGUUAUAUAAUGUGCUGUCAGUGGUUGAACUGCGAUUGCCAUACGUGGAAUGAUAAAAAUGUGAAGUGCUGUGAUGAAGAUUGUCGGGAACAAUGUUGUUAUGUCUGUAAAUGCGAUUGUUCUCGACAAUGCUGCGAAUACAAUGUGAGGCUGAUAAGAGAUGAUGAAUAA